AUGUCGCAGGGCCAGUUCAGUAAGGUCCUGCGGCGUGUCAGCCAAGCAUUUAUCAGACAAGUAAAGCAAUUUAUAUCAAUGCCUUUGGAUGCUUGUGCCCUGGCUGUGGUGAAGCGACAAUUUCAGGAAGGGGGUAGUCGCUUCCCACACGUUAUUGGGGUUGUGGAUGGUACACAUGUUGCCAUAGUUGCACCAAGACAUAAUGAAGAAAUCUAUAGGAACAGGAAACUGUUCCACUCUCUGAAUGUGAUGGUUGUUUGUGGCCCAUCCCUCCAGAUCCUGCCUGUGAAUGCUAAGUUCCCCGGGAACUCCCAUGAUGCACAUGUCAUUCGACAAUCAGGGAUAUGGCAAAGAUUAAGAAUGAUUGAAGGCCAAGACAUGUGGCUAUUGGGAGAUCGUGGAUAUCCUUGCACCCCCUGGCUCCUGACUCCUUACAGCAAACCCAGGCCAGGACCACAGUCGGCAUUUAACUCCGCGCUUACUGCCACUAGACAGCUGGUGGAGCGCACGAUUGGGGUUCUUAAAGGGCGUUUUCGUGUGGUCCACCACACUCAUGGUGACAUCAUGUAUUCACCGGAGAUGCUGAUUGUUCCAGCAAAAUGUGGGCAAGCACAACAGCAAGCUGAGGCUGGAAGCCCAACAUUAUCCCCACCAGCCCAAUCUCCUUCCCCCCUCAAGUCCCUGAACCCCCAUAAAAUAUAUCCCCUUCCUCAUCCACAACCUCCCCCUCUCCAAACACCCCACCCUCUCUUUCCCAAACACCCUCUCCGCCCCCCUCCCCAUCUGUGGCACAAAGCCCCUCUCCACUCCCCUCCCCCUCUCUGCCACAAACCCCCUCUUCGCCCCCUUCCCUUCUGUGGCACAAACACCCUCUCCACCCCCCUCCCCCUCUCUGACACAAACCCCCUCUUCACCCCCUCCCUUUCUGUGGCACAAAGCCCCUCUCCACCACCCUCCUCCUCUCUGACACAAACCCCCUCUUCGACCCCCUCCCCCUCUAUGGCCCAAGCCACCUCUCUGCCCCCUCUCCCUCUGUGGCCCAACCCACCUCUGCCCCUCCCCCUCUGUGGCCCAACCCACCUCUCUGGCCCAACCCACCUCUCUGCCCCCUCCCCCUCUGUGGCCCAACCCACCUCUCUGGCCCCCUCCCCCUCUGUGGCCCAACCCACCUCUCUGCCCCCUCCCCUCUAUGACCCAACCCACCUCUCUGCCCCCCUCUCCCUCUCAAUAAGACCCACCCUCUGGAACCAGCUCCCCAUCCAGCCUCCUUCCCCCAUCCAGCCUCCUUCCCCACCCACAGAAUGGGCAGCAGAGGCCCCAGAGGAAGUUCAGGGAGGAUCACAUGUGGCUGAGGAGAAUGGUGCAGUUGGAGAUCCCACAAGCCUGCCUGGCAUCCUGGAAAGCCUAAAGGCGAAUUUGCGGGCCAUGCUGGCCGAUGUUGAGCACCUACAACAAUUUUUGUUACAAAAAAAAAAAAUUUCAAGUUUUUUUAUGUUUACAAAUAAAACUUUUUGUUUACAGUUAAGCGGUUGUUGUGUUUAUUAA